GACCUUGAGCUUUUAUUUUGAAAUUGGGGUCAUUCCUCCGUGUUUUGUCGACCGAGCGACCCAUAGAUAUGAAGAGCGACCGACCGACCGCCGGGACCGGUUGGAGGGUGUAGGCUGCUCAUGAGUAACGCCAGGUCUCCGGGCAGGUAGUACACACCGCCGCGAUGAGGCUCCGUGUGGCCGGAGCCGUGCUGCUGUCGGCGGCCGCCUACUACGUCUACCUGCCGCUGCCCAGUGGAGUGAGCGAACCGUGGAAGCUGAUGCUGCUGGACGCGCUGUUCAGGAGCUUCAUGCAGGCGAGCGACGUGGCUCACGCUCUGGGCGUCUGCCACCGGGUCCACCUGCUGAACCGGGUGGUGUCCUGGGUGGAGGUGGUCGAGGCUCGGUCGUCAGCCGCCGUCAACGUGACCGACCGGUCGCUGGGCGGAGUCCCUACCCGGGUGUUUCAGCCCAACGGAGGGUCGACGCCCAAGAGAGGCGUCAUCUACUUCCACGGUGGAGGCUGGGCCCUCGGCAGCGGGCGGAUGAGAUCUUAUGACCUUCUCUGUCGGAAAAUGGCUGAAGACCUGGACGCUGUCAUCAUGUCUGUCGAUUACCGUCUGGCUCCGGAGGCGGUGUUCCCGGAUCAGUACCACGAUGCGUUGGCGGCGUCGCGCUCCUUCCUGUCCCCUCAGGUCCUCCAGCGCUACAGCAUCGACCCGGAUCGUCUGUGUGUGUCCGGAGACAGCGCCGGCGGAAACCUGGCCGCCGCCGUCGCACAGAAGUUCGGCUCAGACGACACUCUGAAGGUGAAGUUCAAAGCCCAGGCUCUGAUCUAUCCAGUGCUGCAGGCUCUGGACUUCCACACCCCGUCCUACCAGCAGAACCAGGCCGUUCCCAUCCUCUACAGACCCAUCAUGGCUCGGUUCUGGCUGCAGUAUCUGGGCGCCGACUCGUCCCUGGAGCCGCUUCUGCUCGCCAACAACCACAGCUCUCUGGACCAGCCGGGCAUCAGCGCCGCCGCCCGGUCCCGGCUGGACUGGACCAACCUGCUGCCGGCCGAGCGCAGGAAACACUUCCGGCCGGUCAUCAAGGAGACGGGGUCAGCCAGCGUGGUGGGCCAGGUGCCGGGGCUGACGGACGUGAGGGCGGCGCCGCUGCUGGCGGAGCCGGGGGUUCUGGGUCGGACGCCCAAAGCCUACGUGAUGACCUGCGAGUUUGACGUGCUGAGGGACGACGGGCUGAUGUACGGCAGGCGGCUGCAGGACGCCGGCGUCACGGUGACCAGCGACCACUACGAGGAUGGCUUCCACGGCUGCAUGGUGUUCGCCUACCUGCCCAUGAUGUCCGGCGUCGGGUGGAGGAGCAUGAACAACUACAUCUGCUGGCUGGACCAGAACCUGUAGCCCAAAGAUCUGAGAGGAGUGAAAUAAAUGAGAUUAUCAGAAACCAGGUCCGUGUGGAGGCAGCUGGUCGCAGCUUUAACCCAGAAAUCGCAUCUGUUUGACAUAAAGCUCUAAAUCCCUGGAUGCACAUCGACAAUCGGAGUGUCCUGAUUGGGCCCUAAAACCAAAACUCCUUCCGCCAUUCGUGACCAAAGAAAGACAGAAAACAUUCAGUUCUGAUCACUGAAGGGCUUGUUUUCUGCUUCUAUUUAUUUAUUUGUUCUGAACCCUCUGAACUCCUCCUGUCACAUUUCUACUCACCGGUUUCUCAUUUGUCACUGCAAUAUAAAGUGGAAGCUACGACUAGAAGUAGAGAAACUCACAGAUGUUUUCAGGAUGUCGUGAAGACACAACAAAAGUUACAUUCCUUUGAUUAUUUAUUGCACAACAAUGCUUUUUUUUCUUUUACUAACACUGGAAACGAUUGUUGGCUCUUCAUACUAUAGAUAUUUAACAUUUUAACAAACUGGGAUUAGAUGUUUCACCACGCUGAAUGUAUCUUCAACAACUUGCUCUGUUCACUAGUUUUGAUCAAUGCUUGAUUUUCCUCUUAUUCUGUAGGAUAAUAAUUAUUAAUAUAAAUAACAGAAUUUUAAUCUGACAGUUUUUAAAGCUCAAAGUCAGAAAUGAUCGGUCAUCAAUCUCCUCAUUUAUGAAUAACUAAGAUGUUUCACCAUGCUGGAUGUAUCUUCCAGCAACCUGCUCCUCUAUUCACUGUUUUUCAGCCAUUCCAUGUUUUUUUUUUUUUUAAUCAAACAUGUUUAAUUUUGUCACUGAUUUGUUCCCAUACUUGCCUCCUAUCUGCUCUGUGUUUACACUGCCUGCAGUUCAGUUGAAAUUUCACAAAAAUAGUAAUUUAAUUUGCAUUAAAACCCUCAAUUGCAACAGAAAAGCCUCCAUUUUGAUAGCAGGAGUUAAAAAAUGUACUCGGACUGCUUAAUUAUCAAAACAAUUUCAGCUUUGUAUUUUACAAAAAGGCCGAAAACGGCACAAAAAACAACUUUUGUAGUUUUUGUUUUUACAGUUUCUGGCACUGAUAAAUGGUUUUAUUUAAGCAGAGAGUACAUGGAGUCAAAAAACACAGACUUUUUAGCUUGAUUUUGGUGAAAUAUUUGAUGAUUUUAAGCUCAGAUUUACCAUUUGUUUUAUUGCUUAUGUACAUUUAAUUUAGUCACUAAUUUGUUCCCAUACUUGCCUCCUAUCUGCUCUGUUUUUACACUGCCUGCAGUUCAGCUGAAAAUUUGCAAAAUUUUGUCAAAAUCAGUCAUUUAAUUUGCGGGAAAACCCUCAAUUGCAACAGAAAAGCCUCUGUUCUGAUAGCAGGAGUUAAAAAAAUGUACUCAGGCUGCUUAAUUAUGAAAGUAGUUGUAGCUUUAUACUUUGCAAAAAGGUCAAAAAAAGCUGCAAACUGCAAAAAAAUUGACUUUUGUAUGACUUUGACCCUCAAAGUACAGAUGUUUUUGCAUCCUGCAGCUCUGCAAGAACCACUAAAAUGAUGAAUCUUUAUCAGACUUCUACUCUGGCAGGUUUUAGAGGUUAAAGUCAGAAAUUAUCUCGAGCUUUUUAAUGCCUUUACGACGCUGAUGCAGGCUGCUCACGCUCAUAAAACAAGCCGCGAGUCGUGGUGAAAGUGUGCCAGAGUUCACAGCUGCGUCGACUCACUGGAUUGUGCAACACUGGAUGUUUAAAGCGUGCGUCGCUCAUGCAGCAGCGACGAUAGCUGUGAAAUCGAAGCGAGAAUUACUGCAUCUGCACCAGAGAGGAGAUCCCAGCCGGACUAUCGAGUUUCCUCCUCGACCGCCGCUGCAGAGCCGGCGUAACGAAGCGACGACAGCAGAGCGGAGUGCGGUCAUUACUGCACAUUAUUCAGGAAAGAAACCUGCAGGAAACUGGGAAAUCCAUCCAGAGCGCUCCGUCCUGACGUGUGGAUUUCUGUUCUGAGCAAGUUUAAGUUUAUGAAGAAAUAAUAAAAGUGGGACUGUAGAAGGCGUUUCUGGGUGCUGUCAUUUGAGUUCUCUGUGUGAAAUCCAGCAUUAAUUUGCUUUAUAUUGUAUAAAUAAAACAUGUAGAGUUGUAUUUCUUCCUGAAUGUCACCAUUUAUACUCACAUUUUGUUUGAAAAUAGACUUAAGUUAAUUUCCCCAUUGUAAGCACAAUAAGCGGUACUUUGACCAUGAAAAUGUUCCGUUUCUUUGCUAAAAAAAAAAACAGUUUAGUAUUUAUUUAGUCACACUUCGCUGUGGGUGCACAAGUUUAGUUUGGAAAUAAAGUUAAUUUCCCCAAUA